AAUUAUGUUGACAAUGUUGUUCCAUCACAGUCCCAGUCACUCCUAUCAUGAACUUGAGUACAUUCUAGGCUCUUUAUUUCAGCAUUAUGACAUCAUACCAUACCUGACAACCUGGCGUUCUCUAGUCAAGAGUUAAUCCAAACUGAUCUUCUUUCACUAAGGACUCGAGUUCCACAGGCUCUGCUGCUUGACUUGAUGUUCGUGUACAUAAAACAUGGAGAUGGUGAGCAGUUCCUCACUAACACCAACUGCCCCACCCUGCUUCUGCUCCAGUUUAUACGAGCCAAGCUUGGACUGCUAGAAUCAGACUUGGUGGAUCUCUGUGAUGAGCGAGGUGUCCUGAAGCUCCUCUUUUUAACCCAGCCACAGGAGAGCGCCGGUCGUCUGCUGCCUUCCCGAUGUACCUUCACCGUCUGUUCCAUUAACCGACAGUCCGAUGGGUCUUAUGCCUCUAUCACACCACAAUUGGUCAACCCUGAUCCCGCUCUACUAGAGGCCUUGCAGACACAGACUGAGAGUUUGGAGAAGGCCCGUCUCAAGCAGCUUCGGACCCUAGAGGACAAGCGGUCUCCGGGGGAAACGCCCACCCAGGUUCAGCCCACUCCACAAGCAAAAGGGAAAGGCAAAAAUGUUCACAUGGACACACCUGAUGAGGAACCACAACGCCGCACAGGGAGUCGAAGAAACAGGAACUGAAGAUAUUAGGCCUACAUGAAUAUGUAUACACAGAUUAACCAGUUAACUCAUGCAUGUCUUUUUCAUGCAUGCAUGCAUGAAUUUCAGUAAGGCUAAAAGUACUGUCUGGAACCUACCACCCAGUAAAUCUUUUUUUCUCAAA